AUGGUGUCUCCCAAUCCCUCUGCCAGACUUUCCUCCAUCUCCAGUCACCUUGACAAGGAGAGAGCCUGUGAAGAAUCUCCAGGUGCCCACAAAAGUAUGAAGAUGUCUGUUAAGAUCCAGGAUCCGAAUCAAUUGCCUUGGGAUCCUAAUUGCGCUCGGUUUCCCUUGCUGAAGGAGCUUCCGAAGUUGCCCAAUGCGCCUGAAGGCGCAGCUUGGGUUUGGGGGGAUGAUGAUCAGCUGGGAAGACUGAAUCUCUUGACGAAGGAACGAGUUAUGGCGUCGGCUAAGGAGGUUACAACGGGGGAGAUGGUUCGACUGGAUCUUCCUCUCAAUGUCCCACAGAGACCUGCAUUUGAUCGUGAGGCAUUCAACCAUCAUAUCAAGACCGUUGUCGAAGAUAUUGUCUAUGACGACACAUACACUCUCAACACCCAGAGUGGCACGCAGUGGGAUGGAUUCCGACAUUUCGCCCAUAUUCCUACAAAGACAUUCUACAACAGAACAACGGGCAAAGACAUAACAGGCCCAAACGCCAAUAAUAACUGCAGCAUCGAUCACUGGGCAAACCACGGCGUAGCAGGCCGAGGUAUCCUGCUCGAUUAUCGCCACUACGCCCAAACCCACAACAAACCCUACGAUCCCUAUACCACGCACGCAAUAACCUUCGCCGAGCUGACAGCCUGCGCAAAGUUCCAAAAUAUCGAUCUCCGCCCAGAAUCACAAGGCGGCGAUAUCCGCAUCGGCGACUUCCUCUUAAUCCGCUCCGGCUUCGUAGAGCGAUACCACGAGCUUAGCCCAGAGGUACGCCUUGCUGCAGCGGCACGGUCACACGAUGAUAUCAGCUUCGCAGGUGUAGCCCGCGAGCCUGCAAUGAGGACCUGGCUGCAUGAUUGCUAUUUUGCGGGUGUUAUGGGGGAUUCGCCCACUUUUGAGGCAUGGCCUGUUCCUGAGCAGGAGUAUUUGCAUGAGAGUUUGUUAGCGCUUUGGGGGUGUCCUAUUGGAGAGAUGUGGGAUUUGGAGAAGCUGGCGAAGAGAUGUCGAGAGAUGGGGAAGUGGACUUUUUUCAUGACUAGUGCGCCCGCCAAUAUGCCUGGUGGCGUUGGGUCGCAUGCUAAUGCGACUGCUAUUUUGUAG